GGAAACUCUUAAUGCUUUCUGUGCCUGAACCGAUAAAUCAAUUCCAUUCCAUGAUCUUGAUAGCUAGCUACUUUUUAUAUGUAUGUUGUCAUACACGCGAGUUUUACUGUCUUUCUGUGAAAUUAAUGUUAGCUAACAUGUACGGUGCAUUAGCUAGUAAGCUAAUUUAGCUUCUACAGUCGGACUCGUGGUUCCUGCUAGCUAACUGACUUACACGAGCCAUGUCGCAGAAACAGAUCUACUACUCUGACAAAUAUGACGAUGCCAAGUUUGAAUAUAGACACGUGAUGCUUCCCAAGGAUAUCGCCAAGCGGGUGCCCAAAACCCACCUGAUGUCGGAGACUGAGUGGAGGAACCUCGGGGUGCAACAGCAAGGUUGGGUGCACUACAUGAUCCACGAUCCAGAGCCUCAUAUCCUGUUAUUCCGACGACCUCUACCCCCCACUGCUUCCCAGUAACCCCCCCCCCCAAAGGAGGGUGAUGGACAGCCGAUACAAGGAAGUGAAUUCGCGCCCCAGCGUGAUGAGAACAGCGAACGGCUUGUGCGCGCUGCGCGGACGCGAACGGCCCUGGAUCCCGACUCCGCUAGUGUGAACACGUUUGGUAUUGCUGCUGUGGGAAUUGUUUGUUUGUUUGUUUGUUUGUUUUUCUUUCAACCUUUUAUCUCAUUUUGGGAGCCGGGUCGGAUCGUAGCGCACGUGCUUGUGCGCCCAGCCCUGCCUCAUGUGUAAUGUACAUUUUUAAGUGUGUCCACUGCCAAAAAGUAGUUGUGUUCUUUCCUUUCUGCACUGAGUGGUGAUGUUUUAGGUUUUUGGCUUGGUGUGUGGAGGGGGGGGGGGUUUACCGUAAUUUGACUGAGACACACUACUGGGUCCAUGUCACUGUAUCUAUAUGAAACAUCUUUAUGUUUUGGACUAUUUAUUGAAGUCAAACCCCCGCGGUUGACCUUGACCUUGGAAAAAGUCUAGCAGACUCCUUCCUCUACCCCCACCAACAGCCAUACUGGGAGACAGGGCACCCAGUCACAUCCUCAUGUAGUUGUUGGGGUUGUGUAUGAGGAGUAUGGCAAGCCAGAGGGGCCACAACAGACCAAAUUUAAAAAAAAAUGUGAACUAUGUGAAGUCUUUCAUUCUUGGCAGGUCAAACCAGUCUAUUAUAACUUUCAUGCGCCAAUUCACAUUUCUAUGCCUGUUUGUAUAUUUGUUGGUAUCAAGUGAUAUCAAUAAGAUGGGGCAAGUCAUUGUUUAGGCCGGCACGGAUGGUGCAGUGGGUACCACUGCCGCCUCACAGCAAGGAGGUCCUGGGUUCGAAUCCCCGUCGGCCGGGGCCUCUCCGUGUGGAGUUUACAUGUUCUCCCUGUGUCUGUGUGGGUUUCCUCUGGGUACUCCGGUUUCCUCCCACAGUCCAAAGACAUAGGCUUAGGCUUAGGCUGAUUGGAGAGUCUGAAUUGCCCAUAGGUAUGUGUGUGUGAGUGAAUGGUGUGUGUGCCCUGCGAUGGACUGGCGACCUGUCCACAUCCUGCCUUUCGCCCAAUGUAUGCUGGGAUAGGCUCCAGCCCCCCUGCGACCCUGUUCAGGAUAAGCGGGUUAGGAUAAUGAAUGAAUGAAUG